AGUCAAUAUCCAUAGAACGACUUUAGUACUACACUAAAAUAUCAUGGAUAUACUUGGUAUUGGAUUUGGCCCUGUGCAUCUGGCUGACAAGAAUCCAGCAGAUUUCAUCCGUCUAAAUGAAUCCAUUUUUCUGAAUCGCCAUGAAAAAAUUUCAAAGCACGGUGAAGUUUACAAAGGAUUGCAAAUUAAUGACAAAAUAAGUCAAAAACAAAUUGCCGUUAAAGCGCUAAAACACAACAAAAACAAUGAGAGAGAAGCAAAAAUACUUGUCAAGCUUUGCCCCCAUCCAAAUGUUGUAAAUCUCAUACAAUCUGGCGUUUACAACACUGGACCAAUCAAACAUAUAUUCAUUGCAAUGGAACUAUGUGGACCUCAAAACCUUACUGAAUUUGUAAAACAGAACGAGGAAAUUGAGGAGAGAAUGAUAUUUACAUUGUCAGAUCAACUUAUCAAUGGCCUCAUUCAUAUUCAUAAGAAUGGAAUUAUUCAUCGAGACGUUAAACCUGAUAAUGUCUUGCUUUCUGAUACUGGGAAAGUAGUGAAAAUAACCAAUUUCGGGCUGAGCAAAGAAUUGAAAAGGGGAAUAUCUGUCACAUAUUCAGGGGUAGGAACAGAUGGAUGGAGAGCUCCAGAAACAUACAAUGCUAAUGUUAUAUCUGAAAAAUCUGACAUUUUUUCUAUGGGACUUGUUUUGUAUUUCAUAUGGGCCAAAGGAUGUCACCCAUUUGGCAACAACCCAAAAGACUGGAAUAGUAAUAUAAAACAAAACCAAUAUCGUGACCUUUCCAAACUCCCAAAUGUAGUUAAAGAUUUAGUGGGUUGGAUGCUUAGGUUUGAUCCAUGCGACAGACCGAGUUUGGGAGAAAUUCAAGAUCACAAAUGCUUUCAUGGGCAUCUCUUGUGUCCAUUACCAAAAUUGUUCAAUGUUGAUUCUGGUGGUUUUGAAGAAGAACUCGUGAAACCAAGAGAUGAGAUGGAGAAAGAAUUUGAAAAAAUGAAACAGGAAGUUGGAAUGAAGGAAAAAAUGAGAUUGCAAAUGAAUAUGACUCAUGAAGUCAAUGUUCUAUCCGAAAGUCACAAAGAAAAACUGAAGAAAAUUGUGAACGGGGCAGAGGAAGCUGAGAAAGAAUCUGAAAAAACAAAACAGGAACUUGGAAAAAUGAUGGAAAAAGUGGAAGAUGAGAAAGAUCUGACAUGGAGACCAUCAGACAGCAUUAGAAGUCAUGCCAAAGCUUCAGGAGGUCACAAAGAAAUUGAAAAGUUGAACAUCCAGGAAGUUUUUAAGAAAGGCUUAUCUGACGAUCUUGAAAGUGUGGAAGACACCUACGAUCUCGUUGAAGUCUUACACAAACACAAAAACGACCCGGUAUCAGUUAUAAGUGCUUGUGUCAAAGGAAUAUCUGUAAUAAAUUAUGAGCUGCAAGACCCAAACAUCGAAGUUCUUCAUUCAACUAUCUCAAAAUGUGAUUUCUUAAAAUCAUUGAAGUUGCAUUAUUGUGGAGAUUCUGAGAAUCUAAAAACAUUUUUCGACGGCCUCAAAAAUGUGGAUUGCAAGAUUGAGAAAAUCUCCAUAUGGGGAAUGUGCGAAUUGGAACAGUACUUCGAAACAUUGUUUCUGGUGAUGAGAAAAUCAGAAACCCAAACAUUGGAAAUUCAAGCUGUCCAACUAAAGAAAGAAGAUUUAACGGAAAUGCAAACUGUUCUAAAACAUUCAGCAAAUGAGAGUCUACAUCUAGAACUCGAAAACUUGGACUUCAGUUACAACAGAGAUAUGAGUCCUGAAGACUUCAGCAUAUGUGGAAACCUUGUUAAACUACUACCAGUAACAAAAAUCCGUAUGUUUGACUGCAGUUUAACUGAUGAAAAAGUUGAAAAAUUCAAAUCUUCCCUGGAACAAAAACAGCUGGACUCUCUUGAUAUAAGUUGCAAUCCAGAAAUUACAAGAAAAGGCUUCUUCACGAUUGGAGAAAUAACGACAACUUCUGGGCUUCAAAACUUAUCCAUUAGUGAUUGUGAAAUGACAAGUCAAAAACUGGACAGCCUGCAAGAGGCCAUUCCUGAAAGAAGAAAGCUCAAUAAGCUUGAUGUGAGCUAUAAUGACACAUUGGAAGCAAAAGGCAUGAGCGCACUCGGAUCAUUUGUGCUAAAGUAUGGAGUUGAGGAUGUAAAUCUUGCGGGUUGCAAAUUGAAUGAAAAGCUUAUGGAAAGCUUUGUAUCUUCUGCUCAACAAUCAAAGCAGAUUCAUCAAUUGGAUAUAUCGCAUAAUCGUUCAAUUGGGCGAGGCGUCAUUCACAUAGCGAGAAUGGUAAACAAUGGUACUCUGAAAAAAGUCAACAUGAGCGAAUGCAUGCUUUCUAAAAACAAUGUGAAAGCAUUUUGCGACAACAUACAAAAGCCAAUUCAAGCUCUCAAUCUCAGUGACAGUGAUCGCUUGGUGACUAUUGAUUACAUCGAGGCAAUUUGUGAGGUUAUUCCUCAUAUCUCAGAGGAACUUGUUCUAAAGUUUCACACUCUUACUUCAGCAUGCCGAAGUCUUUUGUUGGACAGCCUAAAGCAUUCUGAAACAAGGAUUAUACUUGCAGAUGAAGAUAUUUUUAAACAAGAGAAAAAGAAGACCAGAACAGAAAAAAAAUAAAUGAUAUCACUGUAAUAUCUAAAUUGUACUACAAGCAGAUAUGUACUUUUAGUGGGCGUGGUUUAACAAUUUUUGCAUAUGUCAUUUCAGACUCCCAUAUGACUACGUCAUCUCAAAUUAUGUCACAAUGUUAUAAUAGAACUUGCUAAAGUAUAGUGAUGAUCGUCCUAAAUGGUGUCGGUGACAAUAAUAGUUUACUAGUUUUUGAAAUAAUUUUAAUUCUUGCCAAACAAAAGAAAUUGUGAUUUUUUGUAUUUUAUAUAAUCCCGAUUUAUAAAAAACAUAUUUAUUGUUCAAGUCCUUUAUUAAGAAUUGUUUUCCAAUUUAAAUGUAUACAUGUUUGCCAAAUGCAAUGUUGUGUUAAAAGUUUAACCAAAACUUGUAUGAGUAUAAGGAGAAAAGCUGGAAGCAAUCCCUAGUGUGCUAAGAUCUAUACAUAGGUUAAUUCCCUGAGCAGAUAACACUUGACCCAAGACCUCAAGCUAAUGGAAUGACUGGGCGUAAUAUUCACCUAUCCGCCCGUGAGACUUAAAUAUAAUGUGGCCGAUGUACACUCUUGUGUUUAUUGGAAACAAAUGUUCAAUUUUCAUACUAAUAAUUUUUGUUUUGUUUGUUGAGGUGAUUAUUGUUACUGGGAAGAAACACUGUUAUUUGCAUCCAAUUUAUCGGAUUCACGUUUUUAUUUAAAAUUUUUAGGGGACUGAGAAUAACAACAAAAUUAGAUCAGUAAAUUGAAUAUAUACUCUAUUUUGUGCAAAUUUAGUAUAAUAUCGUUGAUAAGGAGCUAUAUGUAAACUUUUAGAAUUAUUCCUUGGAUUCUUUGAAAACGUUCGCUUUUAAUAUUAUUUAUCCAUAUUUUUAAUUAAUAACCAUUUUUCUGCAUUUAUAUUUGUGUUUUUUCUAAUUUUAAGUUAUCUUAAACCAUUAUAAAUUUUAUAACUUGAGCCUAUAUUUUAUUUUAUUUGAGAUUUUACAAUGUAAAGCGAAGAGUGAACUUUGC